UGCACGUGUCUGUACAUAGCUGAAGCUCAGAAAUUAACACAAUUGCAUGUUUGGAUUUAAAAGCUUACCUGCCUGGAUUUUUAAAAAUCACAAUUACCCCCCAUAUACCCUAGGCUAUUUCUGUCGUAGUAGGUCUUCCAUAAAUGAUUGGGUUUUAAUAACAGAAGUCCAGUUUUAAACAUGGAUAGAAUUAAUCAGCGAGGAGUAUUCGGAGUAUUCCUAGCACUAUUCAUUGGAGUUGUGUAUGUUUACGAGAUGAGGUUUGAUAAAGUUUAUCAGGAUGGAAUCAAACGCGACAAAGAGCUGUCAGUCAUCAAAAUAAAACAUGAGAAUUUAGAAGCAAAAGUACAAAUGCUGAAAGAUGAAGUUGACAGAGAAGGAACCAUACUGUCACUCGUUAAAAGAAGAAAUGAGGAUUUAGCAGCGAAAAUACACAUGCUGGAAGGAAAUAGUGGAUAUACCAAGUCUUUACAAGCACCGCCUUAUAACAAACAUAACACCAAUAGUGGAGAUGAUAGACCUAAUGUAUUACACGAAGCCUGCAAGAAUGCUGAGCUACAAACGUGUGAACAUCUUAUCCAAACACACCCUCACCUUCUACACAGUGUAGAUAGUGAUGGAUGGAAUGCUGCUCUAUACGCCGCUAGAGGAGGAAACGUUAAACUUCUACAACUACUGGCAGAUAAUGAAGUAGACGUCAAACAUAAAAGCAAUGACGGCUGGAACAUUCUUCACGCGGCAUGUGUCUACGCUAACUUAGAAAUGAGUCAUUAUAUCAUCCAUACAUACCCUGACCUUCUACACAGUGUAAAUAAUAUUGGAUGGAAUGCUGCUCUACACGCCGCUAGAGGAGGAAACGUUAAAAUUCUAAAACUAUUGGCAGAUGAUGAAGUAGACGUCAAUUAUAAAGCCAAUAACGGUUGGAACAUUCUUAACGCGGCAUGUGUCUACGCUAACUUAGAAAUGAGUCGUUAUAUCAUCCAAGCAUACCCCGACCUUCUACACAGUGUAGAUAAUGAUGGAUGGAAUGCUGCUCUACACGCCGCUAGAGGAGGAAACGUUAAAAUUCUACAACUACUGGCAGAUAAUGAAGUAGACGUCAAACAUAAAAGCAAUGGCGGCUGGAACAUUCUUCACGCGGCAUGUUUCCACGCUAACUUAGAAAUGAGUCAUUAUAUCAUCCAUACAUACCCUGACCUUCUACACAGUGUAGAUAAUAUUGGAUGGAAUGCUGCUCUACACGCCGCUAGAGGAGGAAACGUUAAAAUUCUGCAACUAUUGGCAGAUAAUGAAGUAGACGUCAAACAUAAAAACAAUGACGGCUGGAACCUUCUUCACGCGGCAUGUGUCUACGCUAACUUAGAAAUGAGUCUUUAUAUCAUCCAAGCAUACCCUGACCUUCUACACAGUGUAGAUAAUGAUGGAUGGAAUGCUGCUCUACACGUCGCUAGAGGAGGAAACGUUAAAAUUCUACAACUACUGGCAGAUAAUGAAGUAGACGUCAAACAUAAAAGCAAUGACGGCUGGAACAUUCUUCACGCGGCAUGUUUCCACGCUAACUUAGAAAUGAGUCAUUAUAUCAUCCAUACAUACCCUGACCUUCUACACAGUGUAGAUAAUAUUGGAUGGAAUGCUGCUCUACACGCCGCUAGAGGAGGAAACGUUAAAAUUCUGCAACUAUUGGCAGAUAAUGAAGUAGACGUCAAACAUAAAAACAAUUACGGCUGGAACAUUCUUAACGCGGCAUGUAUCCACGCUAACUUAGAAAUGAGUCGUUAUAUCAUCCAAGCAUACCCCGACCUUCUACACAGUGUACAUAAUGAUGGAUGGAAUGCUGCUCUACACGCCGCUAGAGGAGGAAACGUUAAAAUUCUAAAACUACUGGCAGAUAAUGAAGUAGACGUCAAACAUAAAAGCAAUGGCGGCUGGAACAUUCUUCACGCAGCAUGUUUCCACGCUAACUUAGAAAUGAGUCAUUAUAUCAUCCAUACAUACCCUGACCUUCUACACAGUGUAGAUAAUAUUGGAUGGAAUGCUGCUCUACACGCCGCUAGAGGAGGAAACGUUAAAAUUCUGCAACUAUUGGCAGAUAAUGAAGUAGACGUCAAACAUAAAAACAAUUACGGCUGGAACAUUCUUAACGCGGCAUGUAUCCACGCUAACUUAGAAAUGAGUCGUUAUAUCAUCCAAGCAUACCCUGACCUUCUACACAGUGUAGAUAAUAUUGGAUGGAAUGCUGCUCUACACGCCGCUAGAGGAGGAAACGUUAAAAUUCUACAACUACUGGCAGAUAAUGAAGUAGACGUCAAACAUAAAAGCAAUGACGGCUGGAACAUUCUUCACGCGGCAUGUGUCAACGCUAACUUAGAAAUGAGUCUUUAUAUCAUCCAAGCAUACCCUGACCUUCUACACAGUGUAGAUAAUGAUGGAUGGAAUGCUGCUCUACACGUCGCUAGAGGAGGAAACGUUAAAAUUCUACAACUACUGGCAGAUAAUGAAGUAGACGUCAAACAUAAAAGCAAUGACGGCAUGAACAUUCUUCACGCGGCAUGUUUCCACGCUAACUUAGAAAUGAGUCGUUAUAUCAUCCAUACAUACCCUGACCUUCUACACAGUGUAGAUAAUAUUGGAUGGAAUGCUGCUCUACACGUCGCUAGAGGAGGAAACGUUAAAAUUCUACAACUACUGGCAGAUAAUGAAGUAGACGUCAAACAUAAAAACAAUGACGGCUGGAACAUUCUUCACGCGGCAUGUGUCAACGCUAACUUAGAAAUGAGUCUUUAUAUCAUCCAAGCAUACCCUGACCUUCUACACAGUGUAAAUAAUAUUGGAUGGAAUGCUGCUCUACACGUCGCUAGAGGAGGAAACGUUAAAAUUCUACAACUACUGGCAGAUAAUGAAGUAGACGUCAAACAUAAAAGCAAUGACGGCUGGAACAUUCUUCACGCGGCAUGUGUCAACGCUAACUUAGAAAUGAGUCGUUAUAUCAUCCAUACAUACCCUGACCUUCUACACAGUGUAGAUAAUAUUGGAUGGAAUGCUGCUCUACACGUCGCUAGAGGAGGAAACGUUAAAAUUCUACAACUACUGGCAGAUAAUGAAGUAGACGUCAAACAUAAAAGCAAUGACGGCUGGAACAUUCUUCACGCGGCAUGUGUCUACGCUAACUUAGAAAUGAGUCAUUAUAUCAUCCAUACAUACCCUGACCUUCCACACAGUGUAAAUAAUAUUGGAUGGAAUGCUGCUCUACACGCCGCUAGAGGAGGAAACGUUAAAAUUCUAAAACUAUUGGCAGAUAAUGAAGUAGACGUCAAACAUAAAAGCAAUGACGGCAUGAACAUUCUUCACGCGGCAUGUGUCUACGCUAACUUAGAAAUGAGUCAUUAUAUCAUCCAUACAUACCCUGACCUUCUACACAGUGUAAAUAAUAUUGGAUGGAAUGCUGCUCUACACGCCGCUAGAGGAGGAAACGUUAAAAUUCUAAAACUAUUGGCAGAUGAUGAAGUAGACGUCAAUUAUAAAGCCAAUAACGGUUGGAACAUUCUUAACGCGGCAUGUGUCUACGCUAACUUAGAAAUGAGUCGUUAUAUCAUCCAAGCAUACCCCGACCUUCUACACAGUGUAGAUAAUGAUGGAUGGAAUGCUGCUCUACACGUCGCUAGAGGAGGAAACGUUAAAAUUCUACAACUACUGGCAGAUAAUGAAGUAGACGUCAAACAUAAAAGCAAUGACGGCAUGAACAUUCUUCACGCGGCAUGUUUCUACGCUAACUUAGAAAUGAGUCAUUAUAUCAUCCAAGCAUACCCUGACCUUCUACACAGCGUAGAUAAUAUUGGAUGGAAUGCUGCUUCACACGCCGCUAGAGGAGGAAACGUUAAAAUUCUAAAACUAUUGGCAGAUAAUGAAGUAGACGUCAAACAUAAAAACAAUUACGGCUGGAACAUUCUUCACGCGGCAUGUAUCCACGCUAACUUAGAAAUGAGUCUUUAUAUCAUCCAAGCAUACCCUGACCUUCUACACAGUGUAGAUAAUGAUGGAUGGAAUGCUGCUCUACACGUCGCUAGAGGAGGAAACGUUAAAAUUCUACAACUACUGGCAGAUAAUGAAGUAGACGUCAAACAUAAAAGCAAUGACGGCAUGAACAUUCUUCACGCGGCAUGUUUCCACGCUAACUUAGAAAUGAGUCGUUAUAUCAUCCAUACAUACCCUGACCUUCUACACAGUGUAGAUAAUAUUGGAUGGAAUGCUGCUCUACACGUCGCUAGAGGAGGAAACGUUAAAAUUCUACAACUACUGGCAGAUAAUGAAGUAGACGUCAAACAUAAAAACAAUGACGGCUGGAACAUUCUUCACGCGGCAUGUGUCUACGCUAACUUAGAAAUGAGUCUUUAUAUCAUCCAAGCAUACCCUGACCUUCUACACAGUGUAGAUAAUAUUGGAUGGAAUGCUGCUCUACACGUCGCUAGAGGAGGAAACGUUAAAAUUCUACAACUACUGGCAGAUAAUGAAGUAGACGUCAAACAUAAAAGCAAUGACGGCUGGAACAUUCUUCACGCGGCAUGUGUCAACGCUAACUUAGAAAUGAGUCGUUAUAUCAUCCAUACAUACCCUGACCUUCUACACAGUGUAGAUAAUAUUGGAUGGAAUGCUGCUCUACACGUCGCUAGAGGAGGAAACGUUAAAAUUCUACAACUACUGGCAGAUAAUGAAGUAGACGUCAAACAUAAAAACAAUGACGGCUGGAACAUUCUUCACGCGGCAUGUAAGAGCGGUGAAUUAGAAAUGAGUCGUUAUAUCAUCCAAACAUACCCUGACCUUCUACAGAGUGUAGAUAAUGAUGGAAGAAAUGCUGUUUUCUUCGCCGUUGAAGGAGGAAAUUUCAAAAUUCUACAACUACUGGCCGAUCAUGGAGUGAAAAAAUAAACAGAAAACCAGUAUAAGUUGUUUUUUAUUUGGAUUGAGAGUGUAUAGCACUAGCUUGCUCUGCGUAUCACCGCGUGAAAAAAUAGCUUUACAAAGCCAGUAAAGAUGAUGUAAAUUGUAAAUUUACAUUACCUUUAAAUGCCUUUACUGAAAAAAGUCAAAGUUCUAAAAGGUAACCUGUACGAUAACUUUACUUAACUUAAAUAUGUCCCACUUUUUCUUGACUUUACAAAACAGUAAAUUUGAUAUUUAAUGGCAUUAAAUAUAUCAUUUUGUGCACAUUUAACUUAAUGUUUACAAAUUGUAAAUGUAUAUUUUGAUCACCUUUAAUUACUCAAAAUGUCAUAU